UAAAUAUUUCAUACAACACAUCAAAAUGGAUGUCAGUUCUUUAAGUCAGAUCACAGUAGUUAUACUUUUAGUUGUUAUAUUAGCACACAUGCAAAGUUUCUGACAAAUCAGUUAACUUAUUGUAAGUGGUAUUCCCCAAGUUUUUCUAACAAAAGUUAAGGUGUGGUGAUAAUGGGAACAAUAGAAGGACACUUUACAGUGAGAAUGUUUCCUCUCUGGCAUAUGGCCUUUUUUUUUUUGGAAUCCAACUUCUAACAAUUUGGUCACUAGACCAUCUUGGAGAAAUAAGGCCCUAACACUUGAAGUCCCAUAGUUUUACAUUAUAUUAGCAGAGCCUACGUUGGGGAUAUUUUCCAAGUUAAAAUAUAAUUAACUCCACUAACAAUUACUGCAAGCACCUGGGCUCUACGGCACGUGUGCUGUUUCCAAACUUGUAACUCGGGGACCUUCUCUGGAGAAGAGGCUGGUCUCAUUUAUCUCCAUAACCCCAAGCACAUGGUAUGAGCUCGAGGCUACUGGAAGAAAGGUUGGAAAAAAUUCAGGCUUCCAAGGGACGGAAAAGCAGCAUGCCUAGGAAGUGUGUUUUUCUGGAUUCUAACCUGUGUUAUUUUGAGGCAAAGACAGAUUUCACCCCUUCAUUGAGCUCCAGAUAUUAUUAGUUUUUCCUCCCAAACCCCAGAAGACACCUUAGAUGGAUGAUGGAGCGUAAAUGAGGCCAUGGAAUGGCUGCUAUUCACUUGGGAGCCCUCACUGUUUUCUGCCCUGUGUGCCCGUGCUCACCUCGGCCCGCCCCCGGCCCCGCGCUACCCAGUCAAGCCCUGAGCCUGAGCGGCAGGACAGGGCGGAACUGAAAAACCGCGGAACCCGAGAGCAGGGAGCAGCGCAGGUGGAGGGAGGGGAAGCUGCGGGACUCGCAGGCCUACUUCCGAGGCGGCUGCGGCGACGGCGCGGCGAUGGAGCCCCUGCGGGUCCUGGAGCUGUACAGCGGCAUUGGGGGCAUGCACCAGGCGCUAAGAGAAAGCUGUAUACCGGCACAAGUCGUGGCUGCCGUUGAUGUAAAUAAUGUCGCUAAUGAAGUAUACAAGUGUAAUUUUCCUCACACACAGCUACUGGCCAAGACAAUUGAAGGCAUUACCUUAGAAGAGUUUGACAGGCUAUCUGUCAAUAUGAUUUUAAUGAGCCCUCCCUGUCAGCCAUUCACAAGAAUUGGUCUCCAAGGUGAUGUGACUGAUCCAAGGACUAAUAGCUUCUUAUAUAUUCUAGACAUUCUCCCAAGAUUACAAAAAUUACCGAAGUAUAUUCUUUUAGAAAAUGUUAAAGGUUUUGAAAUAUCUUCUACAAGAGACCUGUUAAUACAAACAAUAGUAAACUGCGGCUUUCAGUUCCAAGAAUUUCUAUUAUCUCCAACCUCUCUUGGCAUUCCAAAUUCAAGGCUACGCUAUUUCCUUAUUGCAAAGCUUCAAGCAGAGCCAUUACCUUUUCAAGCCCCUGGUCAGGUACUGAUGGAAUUCCCCAAAAUUGAAUCCGAACAUCCACAAAAACAUGCAAUAGAUGCAGAAAAUAAAACUGAAGGGAAGAAAAUUGGGCCAAAUGUUUGCUUUACUAGCAGCAAACAAUGUGCUGGAAAAGAAGCCAUUCUUUUUAAGCUUGAAACUGCAGAAGACAUUGACCGGAAACAUCAGCAGGACAAUGAUCUCUCUGUGCGAAUGUUAAAAGAUUUUCUUGAAGAUGACAUUGACCUGAAUCAGUACUUUUUACCACCAAAGUCAUUGCUGCGAUAUGCUCUUUUGUUAGACAUUGUUAAGCCCACUUGCAGAAGGUCCAUGUGUUUUACGAAAGGUUAUGGAAGGUACAUAGAAGGGACAGGAUCUGUGUUACAGACUGCAGAGGAUGUGCAGAUUGAGAAUAUCUACAAAUCCCUUACCAAUUUGUCACAAGAAGAAAAGAUAACGAAAUUGUUAAUGCUUAAACUUCGAUAUUUCACUCCUAAAGAAAUAGCAAAUCUCCUUGGAUUUCCCCCAGAGUUCGGAUUUCCUGAGAAUAUAACAGUGAAACAGCGUUAUCGUCUACUUGGAAAUAGUCUCAACGUGCAUGUAGUAGCUAAACUAAUCAAAGUCCUAUAUGAAUAACUUUAAAAUAACUCUGAAAGAUGGCCACAGUAUUCCUUCAUAUCCAGAUGGUAAUUCUGAAAUUCUAUCUUAAGUUAAUUUUGAUGAAAUUCAACUAAGUUACCUUGGUCUUUCUUUAGUAAGAAAUUUGGAUUUAUCACAAAAAUGACAAUUUGUUUCUUUAAAUUUAUAUUGCUCUCUUUUAUAAAGAGAAUUUGUUGUUAUGCUUUA